GCUAAGGGCAAGACGACGGGCUAUUUUCGUUCAUAUUUAACACAAGAAAAGCUAUCCAUAUGCUGCGUUUUGGAGUACACAGUUUGCGCCAGUGUCCCCAAUGCAGCGGAUUACGGGGGACGGGCUUUCAGAGACGGGUGAAUUGUUUGUCUGCAAAAUCAUUGCUAGAGGGGAAAGUCUGACCUCUGCCUUCAGCAAUCAGAGACAUGAGUGUUGUCAGAGAAUUACAUGGGAUUGGGUACAGGGGCGGCGGUGGCGGCGGCGGUGGCGUGGUUGUGGCCUCUCUGAGCGGCCCAGCCCAUUUCACUGAGGAUGCGCCGCGACCCCCAGUUCCUGGUGAGGAGGGAUCUGAUGUGGACCCUCCGCUCCAGUCAGCCAACACCCGUCCAAACACCCUUUCCCAAACCCUUGGCUUUCCCCUGUCAUCGUCGUCCUCUAAAAUGGGAGACCCAUCGAGUUACACGCCCUCCUCGUCGUCUGCGACGCCACGUCGCCCGGACCUGGACUUGGGGUAUGAACCCGAGGGCUCGGCUUCGCCAACUCCACCUUACCUGAAGUGGGCCGAGUCACUUCACUCUCUCCUAGACGACCAGGACGGUAUCCAGCUGUUUCGAAAUUUCCUGUGCCAGGAAGGGUGUGCGGACCUUCUCGACUUCUGGUUCGCCUGCUCGGGGUUCAGGAAGACCAGUCAGGAGAAGAGGGGGAAGCUGGCCAAGGCCAUCUACAGGAAGUACAUCGUAGACGGAAGUGGGAUUGUCUCCAGGCAGAUCAAACCGGCCACCAAGAGCUUCAUCCGAGACUGUGUGGGGAGGCCGCAUCCAGACCCUGCCAUGUUUGAACAGGCCCAGACAGAGAUCCAGGCCAUGAUGGAGGAGAACACCUACCCUUUGUUCCUCAAGUCGGACCUGUACCUGGAGUUCACGCGGACAGGAGGAGAGAGCCCGAAGCCUAACCCCAGCGAUCAGAGUCCUUCAUCGGGUCCAGCCAAGCCAGCGCCAGGUUACUUACCGACGCUCGCUGAGGAUGAGGAGUGGAGGUGUGGAGGAGGUGCGAGGGAAGAGGAUGAGGAGAAGGAUGAGGAGGAGUGUGGAGACACACCAGCUGGUCGGCUGACUCACAGCCUGCUGAUGCAGACGGCGCCGCAGAGAGCUACGACCAGCCGGAGGAGGCCGGACAGCAGGGAGUACAGACCUUGGAGAGAGCCUGUAAACCCUUACUACGCUAACAUGGGCUACGCUCGCGCUCCAGCGACCAGCGCCAACGACAGCGAGCAGCAGAGCAUGUCGAGUGAUGCAGACACGCUAUCGCUGACCGACAGCAGUGUAGAUGGUAUCCCUCCAUACAGAUAUCGGAAGCAGCAUCGCAAAGAGAUGCAUGAAAGUGCCAAAGCUAAUGGACGUGUGCCCCUACCUCAUAUACCUCGCACGUACCGCAUGCCAAAGGACAUCCAUGUAGAGCCUGAGAGGUUUGCAGCAGAGCUGAUCAGCAGGCUGGAGACGGUUCUCAGAGAGCGAGAGGCUCAGGAAAGACUCGAAGAAAGGCUGAAGAGAGUACGACUGGAAGAAGAGGGGGACGAUGCCGACAUCUCCGUGACAACCUCCAUGUCUUCUCAUAGCAUACCACUCCCCCUCCCCUCAUCGUUUCCACCUCUCUACGGCGCCCGUUAUUCAGAGACCACUGCUAACUCGGCGACAGUCACCACUUACGGCGGCCUGGUUGCCAUGGAGGAUUCCCAUGACGACGACCCGGAAUCUAUUUUGGACGAGCAUGUACAGCGCGUGAUGAAGACGCCGGGCUGCCAGUCGCCGGGGGCAACCAAUAGCACCUUAGGAGGAGGAGGAGGGGGUCGACACAGUCCUCCCAAAUCGUCACGUUCACCUGACGGGGGGAUCGGACCGCCUCACUACCCCCCACACCGAGGGGGAGGUCACAGUCUGCCUGCUGCUGGGGUCAAAGGUGCGCAUCACCACAAGCAACUGUAUCACCACCGAGGAAGAGAAGGGCAAGAAGAGGCGGGCUCCAGGUCGCAGCCCAACAUCGUUUGGAACGGAGACCCAGCCAAUCAGUACGCAGGGAGAAGUCGAAACUACGCCGACGGGGCUGGAGCCAGCACAAUUGAGGGGAUGGGCUACAGCAGUAAAGGCAGCACGCUAUCACGGCGAGGUUGCAAGAAAACGUCGGAGACAGGCGGCAAAGUUGUUGAGGAGAGCGGGCGAGGCGUGGAGACCCAGGUACCGCUGGAGGAUCUGGAGAGAAACCAGAAGAUCCUGCAGUGGAUGAUGGACGGAGACAGACAGAGGAAGAGCUCCCACGGCGGCAGCACCAGCAGCUCCAGGAGGACGGGAGCCAGCAGCGAGUCACCGCGUCCGACCUCAGUGGAGCGACCCGGAGCGGUGCACCCCUGGGUGUCCGCCCAGCUGCGCAACAACCCCUCGUCGGUGUCGCCCGUCAUCCCCUGCUCAUCGUCCGCCCAGGUCCAGCCCUCGCACCCUUUCAUCCAGGACCCAGCCAUGCCCCCCAACCCGGCUCCCAACCCCCUCACCCAGCUGGAGGAGGCUAGGAGGAGGCUGGAGGAGGAGAGGAGGAGGAACGCGCUACAGCAGGCCAAGCAGAGGCACAAGUCUGGGAAGCGCCAACUGUGUGAGAACAUGACGGUCGCUUACUACUUUUGUGGAGAGCCAAUCCCAUACCGAACGUCAGUCAAAGGCCGUGUGGUGACUUUGGGCCAGUUCAAGGAGCUGCUUACCAAAAAGGGCCACUACAGGUUCUACUUUAAGAAAGUUAGUGACGAGUUUGACUGCGGCGUGGUGUUCGAGGAGGUUCGCGACGACGACGCCAUCUUGCCCAUCUUCGAGGAGAAGAUCAUCGGGAAGGUGGAGAAGGUCGACUGAAAAAUUUGGGAACAGGAAGACGAAACAGAAUUGCAAAAAAAAGAA